GAUGUCAAAUUGACGCAACUUAACGUUUAGCUAUACGACCUGAAACUUUACAUGAAAAAUGGAUUCUUGUACGGGAGAGCUUGUUAACAAGAUUGAAGGAGCAGAACCUUCACCUGAGCCCUUGGAGGGAACAGAAACUGUCCCCAAAAAAAUGUUGACCAAAGAAGAGUUACCUUCGGCAGCGUGCUGCCGUCUCUGCGCUCAUGGGGCUGAGCUUGACGACGACGAUGGUGAGCUGGACAACAAUACUAAGGAAUUCCUUCCCCUUUUCGACGAGGACACGAGCGUAGCGUCAACACCAGAGACGAAAUCUCAAAUUCCCAUUCACAGACUGAUAAACAAGUAUUUGCCAAUUGAGGUUUUGGAAUCAGAUUCCUGUUAUCCUAAAUUCAUCUGCCGGAAAUGUUUCAUAUGUGUCGAAAAAUGUAUCGAGUUUUUCAACAAAAUUUGUGAGGGACAACGAUUGCUAGCAAAUAUUUUAAAUUUCUUAAAAAAUGACCUUCCUGCCAAACUACUUGAGCAACCGACAUUUUCUGAUGACAACCCACUGCAUAAGGCAGCCAAACGACGCGGAAGGCCCAGAAAGAAACCAGCGCAAGAACAAACAGUCUUUAACAAUUGUUCUUCAAUAGAUGAUGAGAACAUGGUCGACACAAAUAUUCAGAAAGUAACCUCUGAAAGAAGAACAAAACGACAAAGCCGUCCUCCAGUUAGAUACGUAGAUGAAGUGAUACCUACAACUCUUAAAAGUGAGGCAAUUUCCCAGGACGAAGAAGAAGAAGACCUCCAGAAAUCUAGCUCUUCGGUUGUUAUAUUGCCUUUAAGAACAACUGUUUCCAACAAUGAAACUUUCUUCCAAUCUCCAUUAAAUCAGCUAAUGGAUUUGGAAAAGUUGGACAUAUUGAUGGCUGAUGAUGUUACUUAUACAGUUUCGAGAAUUGUGACAGAUAUGCCAGACAAAAGCAGUACUUCUCCUGAUGCGAUAUCUUCACAUCCCAAGUUAAGUGACGGAGUUGUGCUACUCGGAGCUACAGGAAAAUAUAAAGAGAAAAACUUGCAUCCGUUAGAAGAAUUUGGCGAAAAUUCAAGUGAUAGUAAAGAUCCAACCGUGAAAUUACGAGACAUUCAUCGGCAUAAAAGGCCUGCUAAAAGAAAAAAGAAGAAACCUGAGAGAAAAAAUGUAACAAAAUUUCAGUGUGAACAGUGCCCUAAGAUAUUCAACCAUACAUCUUCGUUAGUUUAUCAUCGUUUAUCCGCACAUGAAAAGACCAAAAAUUUUAUAUGCACAGUAUGUGGACGAGGCUUCGCUCAUAAACAGCUCCUUAAUAAUCAUAAAUACGUUCAUGCGGACGGAAAAUAUUUUAAUUGUGACGUUUGCCCAGCAAAGUUCAAAAGCAACGCCAGUUUGUACACUCAUAAAAAGUCGAGGCAUUCAGCCGUCAGGGAACAUACGUGCGAUGUUUGUGGAACUCAAUUUAGUUUAAAGUCCUCUUUAGUUGGCCAUAUGAGACUUCAUACAGGCGAAAAGCCCUAUCACUGUGAAUUUUGCGAAAAGAAAUUUGCCCAACGAAGUAACCUUCGAGAACAUCGGAGAACACACACGGGAGAAAAACCCUACGGUUGCUCCGAAUGCCAAAAAUCCUUUACUACUGCGUCCCAACUACGAAGUCAUAAGUUUUGUCACUCAAAUGAGAAAGUUCACUUGUGUCAAGUGUGUGGAAAAGGAUUUAGUCAUGCCGAAAAUUUUAAGUAUCACAUGAGGCGACAUAAUUCAGAAAAGCCUGCUCAAUGCCCGAUUUGUAAAAAAACAUUCACAGAAACGUGGACACUUAAAAAGCACAUUCGGCUACACACCGGAGAGAAGCCAUACCGGUGCGAGGUGUGUAACAAGGUAUUCUCUGAUCCCUCAAAUUUCGCCAAACACCAACGAAUUCAUUCCGCCGAACAAAAGAUUGAAACUCUUGCCGAAACGGAGCAGUCAAUGGAAGAGUAUUUACUAACUGAUACUAUAAACAAUGAUGAUGUUGUUGAUGAUAAUCUCAUAUGUGAUGAUGCCGAACUCUCCAACACCAAUACUAAUACUAUUGAUGAAACCGCAAGGACGGAACAGCUUGAUGUGGAAGAAGGUUCGGGAAGUUACAUUACGGCUGAACGACCACCUUCAUCAUUAGUACAGAUUUUAAACUCGGACGACUUGACAUUUAGAACAUUAGCUCAAGACGACGAAGCUGAGCAAGUUAUUUACGUCUAUUCUGGUCCAGGCGGACCAUUGUUCACCUUUGAUUUACCGGAUGAGCCUUCUCAUUCGCAGCAACAAGAGAUUUCAGUUGAAGACGAUGGAAAUUUAGGCGUUGGUCCUUUGGAAUCUUUUAAUCCAAAUGACAUAGAAGCUCACUACUACAGUUUACAAACUGUUGGGGAUUCUACCAUUGCUGUUCCUAUUCAAAUACCGCUUACGCAACUCGGGUCUCAUCAUUUUGGAAAUUCAAGUCUUUCCCAAACCAAUCGAAUGAUGGUGGAUGGACGAUUAACUGUCGAUGGGGACAGCGUUUCUUUAAUGUUAAACAAUAAGGCUUGCACGUCCGAAUCAACAUAAUUUUCACAAUUUUAACCUUACUAAAUUUUCAUACAAUUUGACGAUGGAGGAUAUAUAAGUUUAGAAUUUUCUCAUAAUUUUAUUGACGAAUAGAUAAGUCGCAAUAGCUUACAAUUCACUAAUUUUAAUCAAUCCGCCCAUGAAUUGAUCGGCAUUUUUCAUAUACAAUGUUUCAAUUCAAGUUUACCUGAUAAAAUAAUAAAAAUUAAAUUAAAAUAAAAAUAA